UAGACAGCAGAUAUAACUACAGAAUGUGCACCCUGCAUGCACUGACAGAACCCUCUGGAGAAACUCAGCCUCCUGGUGUGUGAGUGUGGGGUGUCAGCAGGGACCCAACAGUGCAAACCAAACUCCGCCUCUACACAAGUUAGUGUCGGAGGAAGAAGGUCCUCCUCUCUCUGCCGGCUCUCAGUCUCCUGCUCAGGCUACUGCCCCUCUGCAGAGCCCGGACAUUUUGGCACCAUGGAGCUCCGUCCUGCAUUACUUCUGCUUGGCCUUGUCAUCCCGCUGUGCACAUCGGACACGGAUCUGAGCAGCCACUUCGUCCUGGAGCCCUAUGACAUCCUGUUCGACACGGCGGUGGAAGCCUACUCCAAACAGGACUGGCUGACUGUGAUCCUGAACAUGGAGAAGGCGCUCAGGAACAAAGCUACAGUCCGCAGUGUGAAGACUGAGUGCCGGCUCCGAUGUGCCAACCAGACCGCUUUCGGUGAUCGUCUGUCCGGCUUGGGGGUCCCCAUACCGGGGGCCGGGUCUCUGGAUGACCUGGGCUUCUUCCAGAGGAUCCUGAAACGGGCGGACUGUGUGCACUCCUGCGAGACUGAAAAACUGGGCUCACCAACUCUGCACCAAGUCACUGGAGACGUGGAGUUGGAGUUCAAGAAGAGGACUCCCUAUAAUUACCUGCAAGUCGCAUAUUUUAAGAUCAAUAAGCUGGACAAGGCAGUGGCAGCUGCCAACACAUUCUUCCAGGCCAACCCGGAUCACGUGGAGAUGAGACAGAACCUGGAGUACUACAGGAUGAUGGCAGGAGUGCAGCCGGAGGACUUCAAAGAUCUGGAGCAAAAGACACAUAUGGCCGAGUUCUUGCUGGGGAAGAGUUUCUACAGCGACGACUCGUUCGGUCUGGCUGCUGAUCACUUUGAAGUGGCCGUGGAUGAGUACUUCACUGCCGAUAAGGAGUGCAGAGUGCUGUGUGAGGGAGCCUACAACUACGACGGGUACAACUACAUGGAGUACAGUGCUGACCUGUUCCAGAGCAUGACAGACCACUACAUGCAGGUGCUGAGCUGUAAGCAGCACUGUGCAGUGGAGUUGGCCUCGUCUGCUGGCAAAGACAAGCCCUUUGAGGACUUCCUGCCCGCACACUUCAACUACCUGCAGUUCUCCUACUACAACAGUGAGAAGUAUGAGCAGGCCAUAGAGUGUGCCAGGACCUUCCUGUUGUUUCACCCUGAUGACGAGGUGAUGAACCAGAACCUGGCUUAUUAUUCUGCCGUGCUGGGUGAAGAAAAGGCAGCAACUAUAUCAGCCAGACAGGUGGUGAAACUGUACAUUCAGCAGUCAUUACUGGAAAAGGAGCUGCUCUACUUCGGAUAUGAAGCCUUUGGAAUCACAUUUGUAGAUCCAGACACAUGGACUCCUGAAGAUGUCAUGCCUAAGAAACUGAGAGACAAACAGAAAGCCGACAAAGAGACUGCAGCGAGGAUCACAGAGGAAAUAGGAAACCUGAUGAAGGAGAUUGAGACUCUAGUUGAGGAGAAGAAGAAGGAUUCUUCAGAUAUGGCCAAGAUUGUGUUGCCCCAGGAAGGUGGUCCUUUGUUGUAUGACAACAUCAAGGUAACCAUGACGUCCAAGCAGCUGAACGGCUCUCAGCGGGUGCUGCUGGAUGGGGUGAUCACUGGUGACGAGUGCAAGGAGCUGCUCCACCUCUCCAAUGCAGCUGCUCUGACAGGUGAUGGCUACAGGGGGCGCCCUUCCCCCCACUCCCCCAGUGAAACCUUCCAGGGAGUCACUGUCCUCAAGGCUGUGAAGCUUGGACAGGAGGGGACAGUCCCAGUGAAGAGUGCUCGUCUGUUCUUUAACCUCAGUGAGAAGGUAAAGAAGGUGCUGGAGUCAUACUUCAGUCUGGAAGCUCCCCUCUACUUCUCCUACUCCCACCUGGUCUGUCGCUCCGCCAUCGAUGAGAAGCAGGAGAACCGCGAGGACCUGAGUCACCCUGUUCACGCCGACAACUGUCUGCUCGUCUCUGAGCUCAAUGAGUGUAUAAAGGAACCUCCAGCAUACACACACAGAGACUACAGUGCCAUCCUUUAUCUCAACGAGGACUUCGAGGGAGGAGAUUUCAUUUUCACUGAGUUGGAUGCUAAAACAGUCACGGCUGAGGUGCGCCCACAGUGCGGCCGCGUGGUCGGGUUCGGAGCGGGCCAGGAAAACCCCCACGGUGUCAGAGCUGUCACCAAGGGCCAGAGGUGUGCUGUGGCACUGUGGUUCACCCUGGACCCAGCUCACGAGGAAAAGGAGCGGAUCCAAGCUCAGGAUAUGCUGAACAUGUUUUCUACCCCUGUGAAUGCGGAGUUCAUGAAAACAGAGAUGAGUGACACCUCCGAGCCCCGCCUGCCAACACCAGAGCCUCCUGCGCAGGCUGACCAGGGGAAAGCAGACGAUAAGCAGGAUGAUAAACCAGCCGAGCAGAAGCUGGAUGCACCAGCAGACACGCAGGCUGACAAACCAGCCGACUCCUCACCGGACAAAGUAGAGGAGAAACCAGUUAGCAAAACAAAAACAGGCACUAAACCCAAAGCUGCUCCUAAAGCAAAAGCCAAAACCGGAGACCAAGCAAAAGCCAAGACAGCAGACAAAGUGAAACCUGCUGCUAAGAAAGAUGGGAAACAGGUGGUUAAAACACCAGCUAAGCAGGGAGUCAAAAAGGAAGCAAAACCAGCUGCAAAAAAGACAGUAAAGGUUGCCGCCAAGAAGGACACCAAAAAAACUGAGGCCAAGUCAACGUCAGACUCUCAGAAUGGCAGGGAAGAGCUGUGAUCCAACAGCUCCUGUGACUGUCUAUGUGCUGUCUAUUUUUCUAUAAUUUUCUACAUGGUUCUGUGGGUGGUUUUACUGUUUUUCUCAGUCGCUUUGGUGCAUUUUUCACAUCACUAUUAACAUUUGCACAACAGUUAGUUCAACCUCCACAACAUUUAGUCAUUUGUUGUCAUCAUAGUAGCAGUUUCUCAUUCCUUACAACACAUUACAAAUGCUUUUGGACAUGCAUCAAGUGCUUUCAUACAACUCUCUCUGUCAUGUCAGUCAAAAUUAACUAUACUUGUGAAUGCUGAAUAGUCAUUCUGUAUAAAACUAACAGUCCUCAUUUCAUUGCUUGUCAUUACAUACAAAAAUGUUGAACUAGUUGUUAAAAUCUGUCAAGCAAAUUUCAUACUUUUUAAAAAUGCAGUAAAAAUAUGAAACAUACAUAUUCAGUGUGUAAUGAUAUAUGACAUGAGAUAGAUAGAUAGAUAGAUAGAUAGAUAGAUAGAUAGAUAGAUAGACAGAUAGACAGAUAGAUAGAUAGAUAGAUAGAUAGAUAGAUAGAUAGAUAGAUAGAACAGUGUGUACUAAUUGUUUUGAGAAAUGUAUUAACUGUUGUGCAAAUGUUAAUACAGAUGUGAGAAAUGCACCAAAGCGAGUGAGAGAAGCUGUAAUGAAAAUGGAGUGAAAGGCUGAAUUUGUUAAUGCAGUCUCACUGCAGAUGUCACUGAAAUCAUUAUUUGAGUAAUUGACAAUCAAACUGACAAUCUGCUAGAGUGUCCAGAUCACUGUUACCAUUUUUUUUUUUACAUCUGAAGCAUUGUGCCUGGAUAGAUGGUACCUGAUUUCAUCUCAGUUUCACUUUUUUAUUCACACUUUAUUCGCUUUUAUUUGUCAUGUCAUGUAUGGAACUAAGCACAUGUGGGUUAAAGGGGGUUGGGUGGAUAUAGGAGAACUGUUCUGUUGAGAAAAACUAAAAUCACUUGUGUGAAUCAUUGUGAAAAAAAGUGAUGUUUCUAAAUUGUGGUGAAAAAUAAAAUAAAUGUAGUACUCUAAG